AUGGCGUCUGUCAACUGCACACGGUGCCUGACGCGGCCAACCUCCGGCCUGCGCCUGGCCGACCGCAUUACCCCCAUCAUCACAUGGACCGCCCCCUUCACGACGACAACAGCCGCCGCCGCCGGGCCGUCCAAGGUUGUCGGCAAUAAGCCUCGCCAGGUGAUCGGAAAACACAUCCGCAAGGGCAAGGUUGGCCAGAAUUCCAAGAAGAAGCGCGAGGUCGUCCGCUUCAAGAAGCCCGAGCCGGGCGAGCGCAAGGCUUUCCGUAAGCGUAUCCAGCUUAGCAACAACAACGCCGCAGUCGUCACAGGCUUGCCCGUCGCCGAUGCCGCCGCCAUGGUCAGCAAGGAAAACCUCGGUCGCAUCAUCGGCAUGCCCGACAAGCUCAUCGACCAGCUGCGCGCCCUCGAAUCGUUCAAGACUACGCAGAACUGGGGCCUGUUCCGCAAGCCGCACAUGCUCGUCAGGAAGGAGACGGUGCAGAUGAUGGAGAGGUUGAACGAGGCGGCGGCGGAAAAGCAGACGCUGAGCACCGUCUUGACGGGUGAGCGCAUCUCGGGCAAGAGCUUGCUGUUGAUGCAAGCGAUGUCCCACGCCCUUCUCAACAACUGGGUCGUCAUCCACAUCCCCGAAGGCGACUCAGCAGCCCAAGACCUCACCAAUGCGCACACUGAGUACUCGCCCGUGCCUCAGACAACCCCCGUCGAGUUCACUCAACCCGUCUACUGCUUCCACCUUCUACAGACGAUCAUUAAGGCAAACCACGACAUCCUCGCCCAGUACAAGGCCUCGAAGAACUAUAGCCACCUGCAGCUCCUCCAUCUCCCUGAGGACCCCACGCUCGCCGACCUCAUCACUGCUGCGAAGGAGCCUGAUUACGCCUGGCCCGUCCUCAAGGCCCUCUGGUACGAACUGACUGCCGUCCCUGGCCGCCCGCCCGUCCUCCUCGGCCUCGACGGCCUCUCCCACAUUAUGAAGAUCAGCGAAUACCGCGACCCGUCCUUCAACCUCGUCCACUCUCACGAUCUGACCCUCGUCCGCCUCUUCACUGACGCUCUCUCGGGCAAGACUCCCUUCGCCAACGGCGGCGCAGUCAUUGGCGCCACGAGUCGCAGCAACGCUCCUCGCUCGCCGAGCAUGGACCUCGCGCUCGCCCGCUCGUCCGCAGCCGCCGCCGGCAAACACUUGCCCACGGCAGACCCCUACCGCAAGGACUAUGAUGCUCGCGUGCACGAGGUCCUCGAAAAGGUCGACGUCUUCCACGUCGAUAAUGUCUCCAAGGCCGAGGCCCGUGCCGUCAUGGAGUAUUGGGCCGCCAGCGGCAUGCUGCGGUCUCUCGUCAACGAGACGACCGUCACGGAGAAGUGGACGCUCGGUGGCCAGGGCGUCAUCGGAGAGAUUGAGCGUGCCGCGCUGCUGCAUUCGCGCAUUUAG